AUGGUCAUCUCAUCCGUUGCACUGUUCCCGAUUUUCGGACUUUUGCUGCAGCUUGUGUCAGUUUGCUCUACACCCCCAGAAUUGGCAUCUUGUUGCCUCCGUGGAAAAAAAGAAUACCUCACAGGAAGAUCGUGUUUACACAACCUCAGAGUUUCAAGCACCUGUCAGCGGAUUUCUACGGAGUGCUGUGAAUGUUGUCUUCUUGCUAAGGAUUUGUCAGUUGGAUCGCAUUUAGGGCAUUCAGUUAGUGCUCAAUGCAACCGAGCUUUUGAACGUUGUUCACACGUUGCGAACAGGCUGAGCAACAUGACCAGAUCGAAAUGGUCUGAGAUGGCAGGUAGCCAUUGCGACACGUUGCACUGCGAACAACUCUGCAAAGAAGACACGAAGAAAGGGGCACAGUGUUUUUGCCGUUCUGGUUAUAAGCUGAACGAUGACGGACUAACUUGCUCCGAUGUCGAUGAAUGCAACGAAAUGGAAAAAUUGUGCAACCUUACGACUCAGAUUUGUCGCAACACUAUCGGUAGUUAUGUAUGUGACUGCAAAAACGGAUACGCAUGGAACGCCACUACAAACACCUGUGUUGACAUAGACGAGUGCCUCCUCUUCAGAGACAACUGUUUGCCUGGGCAGCGGUGUAUUAAUGCCCCGGGGUCUUGGAAGUGCAUUCGUAUUCUAAGCUGUGGCACUGGAUAUUACCUGAACUCUGAUUCAGAGAAUUGCGUUGAUAUCGAUGAAUGCACCCUGGGAACGCACAACUGUUUGCCAGGUUACAAGUGUCGCAACACACACGGUAGUUUCCGUUGUGAUCCGAAGGUUUGUCCUCCUGGCCAAAAGAUGGACUUUAAAACGGGACAGUGCUUGUGGAAGAAGGAGGUGUGUAGGGUCGGUUUCGAGGCGAAUUCGGACGGUAUUUGCCAAGGUGAUUCGGUAGAGUCAGAUUUUAUGGCGGUACCACGUUUGUUAGCACAUUUGUUUUUCGUUUUAGAUGUCAACGAAUGCCGCGAACAAACCAACGUCUGUCCGCCAACACAUCGCUGUGAAAAUACCAUAGGGUCAUACAUUUGUGUCAGAGCUCAGAGCUUCUGCAACAGCGGCUAUGAGCAGGAUCCUAAAACCGGGCAGUGCAUAGAUAUAAACGAGUGUGAGCGAGGCAUCCACAGUUGUGAUAGUAGUCAGGAGUGCGUUAACCUCGAGGGUUCCUAUCAGUGCCAGUGUCAGCGCGGCUAUGCCUUCAACCGGACGACGAAGCGUUGUGAAGACGUUAACGAAUGCAGACAAUUUGGUGGGCGCGUUUGCUCGUUCCACGCGUCGUGUCAAAAUACCCUUGGCUCGUUCACUUGCAUAUGUGAUCUUGGUUACGAGCUGGCACCGGAUGGCAGGAACUGUCUUGACGAGUGCAGCUUGUGGAGCAGCCAAGGGACAAACUUGUGUACAGGGGCGUGUUUCAACACUCCUGGCUCGUAUUCGUGCCAGUGUCCAAAGGGAUAUAAACUCAGCUUCGACGGGCGCACUUGCGAC